UCCAAGAUUCUAGCAUAUAGUAGUUAGGAAUGGAAAAAGCAAAGAAUAAUUUCCAGUAAUCUCUUCUAUAUCUUGGGUAACAUUGAAACGAGAGCCAAUCCACUGAAUCAGUUAAUUAAUUAAAGUAGCUAUUAUAUUGUGUGUACUAAAAAAUGUUGAGGAGGACGUACAGAGAAACCUUGGAAAAAGACUGGAACGACGCUGUGGAAGUGUUGGCCGGCGACAAGAACCAACGACUAUGGCCUUAUAUUCUUGAAGAACCGAUGACAAAAUCCAACGACACUCUUCUGCACGUGGUUACCAUGCACUUCAACCACAAGUUCUUUGGAGACUUUCUGAGAUUGAUUUCGGUGGAGGUGCGUAGGGAUAUCCUGUCCGUUAAGAACAAGAACGGCGACACUGCUCUUCACUUAGCGGCUGAGAUCGGGUGUAUUGAGAUCUGCAAGCUUAUCGUCGCAGAAGAAAGGAGAGGUGGUUCUAAUAAUUCCUCGCGAUCGUCGUUGGUCCACAUUCGCAACCACCGACUCGAGACGCCUCUGUUCUUGGCUGCCCUUCACGGCUACGAAGAGACCUUUCUUCUCCUCCACGAGCAUAGCAAGCAAUGCGGAGCCUCCAGAUCCAGCUUCAGUGGAAUGCCAUGGAGAAGGGAACGAGGAGAAACAAUGCUGCAUUGCACCCUUGAACGAGGGCACUUUGCAUUAGCAUAUAAGAUCAUUCAUCUAUACGAUGAAGAAAAAAUUGUUUUCGCUCUGGAUGAAAGGGGAACCACACCUCUUCAUGUACUUGCUACCAAGCAUUCUGCCUUUAAAAGCAGCACCAACUUCGGAUUGUGGAGAACACUCCUAUACCACUCUACCAGUAUAGAGCCACUCCCACCGAAACAACCAGAUCAUUCUGACGAAAACAGAGUAGUUGAUAUAAGAUUGCCUGAAGAUGAAAAACAGCACCAAGAACCAGAUCUUGGAAAGAAAGUAUCUACUAUGUUAAAGACCUACAUGAUGAGUGUUUUCGGCCACCUGCAACGUGAAAUAAAGAAGACAAAGAAGAUGAAAUACAAUCAUGUAUGGUCUUCCCGAGUGAUGAACAACAUUGUCGAAAAACUUGAAGCAAAUUGGUACUUUAUUCAUGGCACUAAUCCUGCUCUUGCUGAUCCCAUAUACGAGGAGAGGGUAGAAAGAAUUUUUUCCAUUAUAAAGAGUAGUGAUGAUAAAAAGUCGAAAACUGCAUUGAAGAAGGAGAAUGAAGCUAACCAAAAAAAGCAGGAGAAUGAAGAGGAAGAGAAUUGGGAGACAAUGCCAAUAAUAUUAACCGCUGCUAAGAAUGGAAUACUAGAAAUGGUUGAAGGAAUGUUGAGUUAUGCUCCGGCAUACAUACAAGAGGUAACAAGAGAUGGAAAGAAUAUAUUGCUAGUGGCCGCAGAAAACAGACAACCUCACAUAAUUGGGGCACUGCAUAGACAGCGUGGUAGAGAUGUGUGGAAGAAUCUGAUAAGAGCCACGGAUAAUGAAAACAACAACAUACUGCAUUUGGCAGCUAGGAUGUCCAAACAUGAAGCUUGGCACAUUGCUGGAUCUGCCAUGCAAAUUAACUUUACGAGCAGUAUCUGGAAUCGGUAGCACCACCACACCUAAUAUUCCAAUACAACAACAAAAAAGAACUCCCAGCCGACAUCUUCAGUGAAAGCCACAACGAGCUCAUGGUAAAAGCCGGCGAUUGGCUUAAGAGCACCUCAGAGUCUUGCUCUGUGGUGGCUGCGCUAAUCGCCGGCGUAGCCUAUGCCACAACAAGCAACCUGCCGGGCGGCACGAACGACAAUACUGGGAAACCCACCCUAGUAGGGCAGCCGGUAUUCAACAUGUUUUUGGUCGCGUCGUUGCUGGCACUUUGCUUCUCUGUGACGGCGCUGGUGAUGUUUCUUUCCAUACUGACGUCACGGCAACAACCAAAAUACUACAAAUGGGAGCUGCCAUUGAAACUCCUCCUGGGCUUGAGCUCCCUCUUUGUCUCCAUUGCCGCCAUGUUGAUCAGCUUUUGCUCUGCUUAUUUCUUUGUGUUUAAGGAUGGAAUGCACCAUAUGGAGUUCAUCAUCAUUUAUGCCGCUACUUGUUUGCCGGUCACGUUUUAUGCGGCGGCUCAGUUUCCUUUGUAUUGGGAUCUUAUCAAAGCAAUCUUUACAAAUGUUCCACAACCAGAUCAUGGACAAUCAUGAAUCGAUGAUGAUGAUGAUCCAUUAUCUACAUAGUGCAAUAUGGAUAUCUUUUCUAAGUCUUAUACGAUACUAAUCUUGAGUGUUAUUAAGUCUUUUGCUAAUUUUAUUCAAGUGAAAACUUAGAUGUAAUUAACUUAAUGUAAAAAUUAAUAAUUGAAAGUUGAUGUUGGAUAAUAAUUUAGUUAAA